UUGUAUCAAGCACACUCAAGAGCAUUAGGAUUUAGUAUUAGGAAACAAACUCUAAGGAGGAGGAGAAUUGAUAAUUCAAUAUACGAAUUCUACUUGGUUUGCUCAAAGGAAGGAGGCUCAAAAUCAACAAACAAAAUAACAGAACCAAAAGAAAAAGACACACAACAAGAAAAACCUGUUCAGAUACCAGAUGUUGAGCAGCCAACCAACAAAAGAAAGGAAAGAGUAGUCAAUGAAACAAGAACAGCAUGCAAAGCCAUGGUCAGAUUUAAGCAAGAAAAACCUGGUGAAGACUUUGUUGUAGUAGCUCAUGAGUUGCAGCACAACCAUGAGUUGGUAAUACAACAAGAAAUACAUCAUCUGAAACAAGAAAGGAAGAUAACUGAACAAAAAGGACAACUAAUACAAACAAUGGUUGAAUCUGGCAUAAAGCCAAUGCAUGCAUACAACUUUUUGUGUCAUGAGGCUGGAUCAGAAGAAGUAGUGGGCCACACAAAAAGGGACCAUCUAAACUAUAUCACACAGUACAGAACAAGAUUGGUUGAAGGAAAGGAUAUGCAGAGUGUGUUGGACUUACUUCAGCAAAGAGCGGAUGAUGAUCCUGCAUUCUUCUACAGGCUGAAAUUUGGGGAACAUAACAACAUCGUCAGCUACUUUUGGCGAGAUUCAAUGAUGUUGGAGGACUUCAAAGCAUAUGGAGAUGUUAUGAUAUUUGACACAACAUAUAGGACAAACAAAUAUGGACUGAUAUGUGCACCAUUUGUUGGCAUAAAUUGCCAUUGGAAAACAACAAUGUUUGCAUGUGCUUUCAUAACUAAUGAAAAGGAAGAGAGCUUUGAAUGGCUACUAGAAACAUUCAAGAGAGCAAUGUGCCAACAAGAGCCAAAGACAAUUUUCACUGAUCAAGAUAAGGCAAUGGGCAAUGCAAUUGAAAAGGUUUUCCCAAAUACAAGACAUAGGCUUUGCCUUUGGCAUAUAGAGAAGAACUUUGCUUUGAAGAAUUGUGGGCGAAAAUGAUGGAAUUGUAUGGACACGAGAAAAAAGAAUGGUUCGAGCAAGUAUAUGAUCAGAGACACAAGUGGUGCACCGCAUUAAACAGGGAUAUGUUUUCAGCUGGAAUCUUAUCAUCACAAAGAAGUGAAGUCACAAAUAAGGCAAUAUCAUUCAAUGCAAAAGCAACAACAAACCUGUUUGAAUUCUAUCAUAUAUUUGAGCAAACAGUGAAAAGAUGGAGAAGCAAUGAAACUAGUGACAACUUCCGGAACAGAACUGAACGUCCCAAAGCCGUCAAAUCCAAAUCAAAGCUUCUGAA